AUGUUGACGUCCAAUCGGGGUCAAGAAAAAAAAGGGGGUGGAACGAUAUUGGUGGAUGAAGAUAAAGUGCAACCUCUCCCGCUCAACAUUCGAGAUUUUAGUAUUGUAUCUUUCGUUGAAUACUUAUACGGCAUCGAUGGUAAAACUUUUGUGAAAGGUUUCAUCGAUCUUAUUGGAAAUGUUCGUUCCGUGGCUGCGAUACAAAAAGCAUUAUCACUACAAGUGUUUGUCUCUCUUGCUUAUCGGGCCUCCGUCGUAUCGGUAGCAUUCUAUUUUAUAAACAAUUCGGUGGAAUCUCGAAACAGCGGUCUUCACCAGAGCGAAGGGGAGGAAAGGGUUUUUGAGGCGAUGGCUUAUAAGGGUGAAAUUUUGGCGAGGAUAAAUUCGUCUAGUAUAGAGAAAGCCAACUACAUAGAAGAGCAAUUGAGAAAGUCGGGAUUAAAAACGGCGAAACAAAAUUUUACCGUAACAACUUCAGGAAAGGUCAUCUCUGGGGUAAACGUGUUUGGUGUGUUGAAUGCUCCGCGAGCUGAUGGAACGGAAGCCUUAGUUCUUAGUGCACCAUGGAGGUCAAAAGACGGAGUGACUAGUAAGAUGGACGGAAUUCGCUCGCUUCCUUUUUCAAAGGUGCUUGAAAUCACUAACUUCUUACACUUUGUGCAAAACAUUCAGUCAACGUCAGUGGAAUAG